UAUCGCCGUUUCUAUUAUUUAUAGCUAUUCGGGAAAAGAAUUUUGUAGGUUAUAUGUAACAUGUGCUUUUGGAAUCGCUCAGCCCCUGCAUCCCUGCGCGACAGCGUCCGCCAUUAAAAUUAAUUCCCCUUUAGAUUAUAGGUCACAGCAUCGCGUGCUUGCGGUUUAACUCAGUCAAUGAUUAACUCAACGACGCAUUCAUUCCGCGAUGAGAAGGAACGCCGACAGUGGCUCACGCAUGCGCGUGUCCUUGAGUAAUCGUGCCGACCAGCUCGUUUCUUGUGCGCGUUUUGUGCCGUUUACGCUAUCACGACGGUUCGCGCGAUUAAUUCCACGCUCCUUUUCGCCAUCCCGAAGUCCCGGAAGAGUUAUUGAUCGCCUGGAUUAUCAUCGAGGUCGUUGACUCGCGUUGUCGCGCCUCCUACGCCUAUGCGACGUUACGCGCCGCGUGACAGUGAAUUGUAGGUGAACCAUAACCGUCGCCGUGCGACUUUCGUUACGUACGAUUUUCGAUCGACCCAUUGGCGACAGUCACCGAUCGAUUACGCCCACUGGCGGUGCGUCGCGCGUAUUAAACGGCGUUUCCAACAUUCACGGCCACGUUUGCGUAAUGGCCGUUCGAGAAAUCGCGUCGAAAACUCGGCCGAAAUUUCGUACGCGCGAUUCCAGUUAUUCGGAACACGUCCCGUAAACAGUACCUCGUUUCGAAACGUUUCGAUUCGCUCCCGAUACGGCACGGUGAAGAACGACCGUUUGAAAUUCCCGCCACAGCGUAGCGAGACUGCACAGCGAGAUACCCGGAGCUGCGUGGUGGGGAGAAUGGUAAAGGCCAGUACGAAACAAGCUUUAUUUAACCAAGGACGAGAAUGUUAGGAUGGACGAAGAAACCAGGAGAGAUCCAUCAGUUGGAAGAAACUGUGAGGUGUCACCAGGCUGGGACUCGAAAUGACAGGAGACAGGAGGAUGGGAUGCUGUCAAACUCUAGAUCACUGCCUCAGACUGCUUUCAUUGUUGUAUCGGAAUCUACUGGCGACUUUUACGUGCACAGGAAGCCAUUUAAUCUGUCUUGCAAUCCAAACGAAGAUUCUGUCAAUGUGAGAAAGAAGAUGGAGGAGUCAAAGCUGACAAAAGAGACGAGGAAAGGAAGCAAGACGACCAGGAGUAAUAUACUAGACAACUGUCUAACAUAUUGCAUCAUCGUGGUUAUGAUCGUCGCUUUCGUCGCCGUGCUGGCCUCUGUCACGUAUUUCGCUGUGAAAACUCCGAGAGUUGCGAAACUUUUGUUCAAUGUGACGAGUCAGGCCAGAAAUUCGCGAAACGACAGCGAGAGGGCCUUGAUGCAGAGGAUACUUAAUCCAGUCAUUGCCAAAGACCUGUCCAAGUAUGCCAACGAAACCAGCGAUUCAGCUACCGAAUUAACGUAACGAUCCUCGAUGGAACUCGCUAUAAUCACUGCUCUCUAUACAGUCAACACUCCUGUAACACUGUUGCAUCGAGUCCACGUUAAGUAGCAUUAAGUACACGUUGACACAGUUACUUUUAGUAAGUUAAAAAUUCACUGGAGGGUUGUCCAAGUUUACGAAAUUAGUGGCACGUGGACACCCUUUCAUGAGAAAAUACCCACCUAUAAUUAUACAAUAUACGUAGAUGAUAAUAAUUAAAGCGAUAUAAUGAAACCAAGCAUUCGUAAUAUACGUUCCUAUGUAAAUAGAAAUUAAUACGAAUCGAAUGGAAUACCUACGCAAAUUUUUGCGAGUACUAUUCCGAUUUAGUAAUUCUAAGUAAUUUUGUAGCGGUGGGGUACAUUUGCAUGUACCUUAUUACAGUAUGAUAUAUUGCAAACGCACGAACAAUACUAUGGGUGGUUCUCCCAUAGGGAGGAGAGGAAAAGGAAGGGGUGCUAGGGGACUGAUAGGGACCCUGGGCCUGCUAGGAGACUUAUCACUAGCAGGCUCUGCCUUAACACGUUAAACUCUACGCCGGUUUUACGUACCGAUCCGUUUACGCCACAAAUUAGCUGUCACGUGGGCCCUUCCGGGUCAUAUGGACCGGCGGGGCCUGAACGGAAAGUCUAGCGCCAGUGCCUAGGGA